GGGGAGUGAACGAGCAGAGCGGGUGAGAAACCAGCGGAUCUGGCCCUUUAAGUCACCAAUACAAGCGCAUUCGGAGAGUCAAGCCAAUGUGAGCUCAGCCAUCGCCCAGCUCUGUCGUUUUGACCUGGAAACCGUGUCGCUGCCGUCCCUGCACUGCUCCGAUCGACCCCUCCAUCCAGUCACAUUAGUGUUCAGCGAGAGUCCUGUCUCCACACCAUCAGUCAGUUUUCUCCUGUGUUGGUGUAUUCUGAUGGAUCAGUAUGUCUACCACUAAUAAUAUCGCCCAGGCCAGGAAACUGGUGGAACAGCUGAGGAUUGAGGCAGGGAUUGAACGCAUUAAGGUGUCUAAAGCAGCAGCAGACCUAAUGAGUUACUGUGAGCAGCAUGCUCGUAGUGACCCCCUGCUGGUUGGAGUUCCCACCUCCGAAAACCCUUUCAAGGACAAGAAACCCUGCAUCAUCCUAUAGCUGCGCUCCACUCCUCCUGCCCUCACACACACCUACACACACGCUCAGACAUAAAGACACAUUCACAUACGCCCAUGCACAUACAGACAGACACGCACUCACACAUAAAUGUUCACAUUAAGUAUCUAAGUGGAUCCCCAGAUUUCCCCAGACACACACAUUCAAACACAAAACUUCAAGAAGCCCUGCCCAAUCUUACAAGGCUAUAUCUAGUACACACACACACACACACACACACACACACACACACACACACAUAGAAACACACACUCCCAAAACAGCCACUCUGGAAAAGGGCCAUACCCCAGAGCCACAGCUAGGGGGCAGGUAUCAUGUGCUCACAGUGGCAGAGAUCAGUAUAUCACUGAGUAUGAUCCAAGGUGCUUUGGUAAUAUUCGUAUAUGCUGGUAAAUUAACUCCAAGUGUCAGCUUAACUCGAAAAGGGAUUUGAACAUUAAUAAUCAGCAGGAAACUUGGAUUUUUUUCCUUCUUUUGUCAUGAAAUGAGGGGCUAGGUAAAGGAUGGACAGCUGUGCCAUAGGCAGGGAGUGGGAGGAUGCAUGUGGGCAACAGAAAUGGCCGGUAGGCGCUUCUGCAAACUGUGCCAAACACGACCUGGUGUCCCAUUAAAAGCUCAAUAAAUGCUUCUUUUUUUUUUGUUGGAGUUAAAAAGGUCUGAGAGCUUUGUCCUCAAACCUGCCUGUGCUAAAUCAUGGCGGGGCCUUUUGGAGCAAAUGGCUAAAGCCUUUGCCUUUCUCUGGUUAUAGCAUGUUCCCACCCAAACCUGUACCGACACACCUUCUCUGCCUGUGGCCUCAAUGUGGCCAUCUGCAGCCUUUGGCCAAACCUCCAUCUGUGCCAACCUGUAGAGAAAGUCGUCUCUAGAUGCUGAUCUGCUGUCACUGAUUCCGCAAAAGUUUAUCUCGGCUGCUGUUGGCUAAAAUCAAUGUCUAACCUGGCCUCAGAUCUGCACCUAUGAGGGGAACACAGCUCUACACAGAACUCAAGCUAUUAACCCCAGACGUUUACUGCAUUUUUCUUAAGAAAUACUUGUUUGUGAACUCAAUGUAUGUUUUGAUAUUUUGUUGAAGCAUUGCUUAACAGAUAAGUACUUUUUUUUUGGAUUGUUUUGCUGUGCCCCUGGCACAGGUUUCUUUAUCCUGCUAGUAUCAAUGAAACGACAGGAGAUCCGAUUGGAAGCCAGGGGCAAUACCCAACCAGAUACCUGCUAGAAUCUUAAGCAAAGGUUUCUACUGUACAUCAAGCCCCCCUGUGCUUAACCCUGAGAGAGGGCGAGGUCGCAGACUGACCACACCCGAGAAUCAGUCUGCAAGGACUGCAAGGCUGGAGGAGAAAGCCCAAACUUAAAAACUAAAAACAAAGCUGUCCCAAAAAGUAAAAAUGAAGCUUCCAUUUCCUACCUUCUCCAUUCAUGUUGCAUUCUUUUCACUGGCAUGUUUUGUAAGGUUAAGGGAAGGAAAAGAAGACAUAGACGGCAUUGGAUAGUUCAGAGAUGGAGGUGUUUGUUUUAUU